AUGCUUGGCGGGGUCGAGGUCAGUCCUCCUCCCCAACUGUUUCCAGGGCUCAUCGGUAUAAGCAACAUUAUCGUCAGACACGUCAGACCAGAUAUUUCAUGGUCUAGUUGGUCCGAGCGAUAUCGUCACCCGACUCGUGAGAUCCAGAUAAUUCCGGAACUCAUCGCUCGGCUUGAAGACUUGAUUCCGUCGAGGUAUUACUCGACCUCGUCUAUACAAGUAGCUGGGGUAGCGUAUCUGCCUGGACAGAUAUGCUUGGCGGGGUCAAUGUUAGUCCCACUGGGCGUAGAUAGACUUCUCGCGAUCUAA